AUGUUGGUUAUCCAAAAUAAAAGAACAGGGAACUUUGGAUGUAUUGUUGUUCAGAUAAAAAAUUGGGCAAGAAGACAAACAAACUUUGAUGAUGAAGUGGGUAGACAACUGGAGGUAACUCAUGUUUUUAGUGAAGAAUUAGAAAAAUAUGUUGAUAAAGAGCUUUAUUUAGGCAUUUAUAUUCACCUUAGAGAAGCAUACACAGAAGAUUCAAGUCUUACAACAUAUAAUUAUAGUCAAAGUGGCAAAAGAUGGAAACUCCAGAAAACUGAUGAAAAUAAAACAGUUAUUAAUAGAAUUGUAGUUCUAGGGUUAUCAAAUUUUUAUACUACUGUAAAAUAG